AUGGAGCUAUGGUUAAUAUUAUGUUCUUCUAUAUUAUAUUUUAUAGUGCUAGCUGCUUUCUUACUAAUUUCGUUCUCUAUUUUCAUUUAUCUGACUACAAAUACAUUUCCUGUAGUAACGAGAUACAAGGAAGAGGAGACAUUUUUUGAUCCCAAAACAAAAAAUAGAUCAAACUUUCCAAGCCUUAAUGAGCCAUAUAGUGUAAAUUUAUCGGUUGUAGUACCUGCAUAUAAUGAAGAAGAAAGAUUACCUCCAAUGCUUGAUGAAGCAUUGGAAUUCUUAGAGAACCGAAUAAAAGAACAACCCAAAUAUAAGUAUGAACUCAUUGUAGUCAGUGAUGGAAGUACGGAUAACACUGUAAAAGUUACAGAAGCAUACUCCGAAAAGUAUGGAAUUGAUAAAUUGAGAUGUCUUGAACUUAUUGAAAAUCGAGGAAAAGGGGGAGCUGUGCGGUUGGGUGUACAGAGCUCCAGGGGAGCUACAAUAUUAUUCGCUGAUGCAGAUGGAGCAUCUAAAUUUGAAGAUUUAGUAAAAUUGGAAGCAGCUUUAAAAAAUAUAGUCAAAUGCGAUCCAGUUACAGAGCCAGGUCUUAUUAGUAACAAAGUUGCUUUAUCUAUAGGUUCUAGAGCUCAUCUAGAAAAGGAAUCGUUAGCCAAAAGAAGUCUUUUCAGGAACAUAUUAAUGUACGGCUUCCACUUCUUAGUAUGGUUGUUUACAGUGAAAGGUAUCAAGGAUACACAAUGCGGUUUUAAAUUGUUUACAAGAAAAGCAGCGGAUAUUUGCUUUCAAAACCUUCAUGUGAACCGAUGGGCGUUCGACGUGGAACUAUUGUAUAUAGCACAAAAAUUAAACAUUCCAAUAGCAGAAGUUCCAGUUCGAUGGACAGAGAUAGAAGGAUCUAAAGUAACUCCAGUACUUUCGUGGAUCCAAAUGGGGUGUGAUCUCGGCCUUAUUUGGCUUAAAUACAGUAUCGGAGCGUGGAAGAUAAAAAAUGAUAAAAUAGAUUAA